AUGGCCUACAAUCGUGUGGGUGCCGACCCAUUCGCAGAUGAGUAUAGCUCGCCCAUGUUGAAUCCCUCCCAUCUUACCAGCUACACCAAUCGCACUCCUUCCCCAGGGCGACCACUGGAACCUGGGUACCAGCUGUCAGAUAACCCAUAUGGGCCUCAGUCGCAUCUUCCCAUGCCAUCCAGUGAUCGCUUGGCUGAACAACCUACUUACUCGGUCGAAAAUGUUCAUAACUCUUAUGGCCAUCAUGAGGCAUACGACGCACACCAUCCCUAUGCUGGUCACGAGUAUGCGGUCGACCCUGAAGCCCAUCACGACGCCUACUACACCCAGCCAUACCAGCCUACACACACGCCACAUGAUGAUUAUGACCUAGGCCAAUACCCUGAGGGAGGACACGCCUUCCCUGAGGGAGGACACACCCCCUUUGAGGCUGACCAGCCCAUGCUGCAAACCGACGAGAAUCCCUUCGGGCCGGACCCGUAUACUGAGUUCCAGGACGAACCACGCCCGACGCCCAGCCCAGCGCCUAUUCGCCGUUGGAAGACGGUGAAAGAAGUCCAACUUUUCAAUGGCAACCUUGUGCUUGAUUGCCCCAUUGCGCCGAGACUGCUCAGCCAAAUACCCCACGCAGAGGCACCCGGUCGCGAUGAAUUUACGCACAUGCGAUACUCAGCUGCAACCUGCGAUCCAGCCGAUUUCUUCGAAGAGCGGUUUACUCUCCGUCAGAAGCUCUUCGCGAAGCCUCGCAACACCGAACUCUUCAUCGUCGUGACCAUGUACAAUGAAGAUGACUUUCUCUUCGCACGCACUAUGUCUGGUGUAUUCAAGAACAUUGACCACAUGUGUUCGCGCACAAGCAGCAAAACGUGGGGCAAGGAUUCGUGGAAGAAGAUUGUGGUCUGCAUCAUUAGCGACGGUCGUGCUAAGAUCAAUCAUCGGACGCGCGCUGUGCUGGCAGGUCUGGGCGUGUACCAAGACGGAAUUGCGAAGCAACAAGUCAACGGGAAGGAUGUCACUGCCCAUAUCUACGAGUACACCACUCAAGUUGGGUUGGAGGUAAAGGGCACUCAAGUGCAUCUUAAGCCUCGGUCCGGGCCUCCUGUGCAGCUGAUUUUCUGUUUGAAGGAAAAGAAUCAGAAGAAAAUCAAUUCCCACAGAUGGUUCUUCCAAGCUUUCGGUCGUGUAUUGGAUCCCAACAUCUGUGUCCUAUUGGAUGCGGGUACCAAACCUGGCAGGGACUCGAUCUAUCACCUCUGGAAGGCCUUCGAUGUCGAGCCCAUGUGCGGUGGUGCAUGUGGUGAGAUCAAGGUCAUGUUGUCUCAUGGCAAGAAACUGCUGAACCCGCUGGUGGCUGGCCAGAACUUCGAGUACAAGCUUAGCAACAUUCUCGAUAAACCCCUUGAGUCUUCAUUCGGUUUUAUUACUGUGUUGCCUGGUGCAUUCUCCGCCUACCGGUUUGUCGCCCUCCAGAAUGACAAGAACGGUCAAGGUCCACUAGAACGGUACUUCCUGGGUGAGAAGAUGCACGGUGCCAAUGCGGGUGUCUUCACGGCUAACAUGUACUUGGCUGAGGAUCGAAUCCUCUGUUUCGAGAUUGUCUCCAAGCGCAAGUGCCGAUGGCUUCUUCAAUAUGUCAAGUCAUCGACUGGUGAAACCGAUGUGCCUGAUCAGAUGGCCGAGUUCAUUCUCCAGCGUCGUCGUUGGUUGAAUGGAAGUUUCUUCGCUGCGGUUUAUGCCAUUACUCACUUCUACCAAAUCUUCCGCAGUGAUCACAGCGCUAUCCGCAAGUUCAUGCUCAUGAUUGAGUUCAUAUAUCAAACAAUCGCGAUGAUUUUCGCGUGGUUCGGAAUUGGUAACUUCUUCUUGGUUUUCCACAUCUUGACAACAUACCUGGGCUCAGAUGAGCUACUUGGUACUGCUGGUAAGGUUCUUGGCAUUGUCUUCGAAUGGCUGUAUCUGGCAACUCUCGUGACAUGCUUCGUUCUGGCUCUCGGUAAUCGACCUGGCGGAUCCAACAAGUUUUAUAUGACCAUGGUCUAUUUCUGGAUCGUGAUCAUGAUCUACCUUGCAUUCGCUGCUAUCUUCGUCACUGUCAAAUCUAUUCAAGCAGAAGUGGCCUCAAACAGCUUUACGGUUACCGACCUAUUCACCAACAAGACAUUCUUUUCUAUCAUCGUCUCCCUUGGAUCAACCUAUGUCAUGUGGUUCCUGGCCUCGAUCAUCUUCCUGGACCCAUGGCACAUGUUCACCAGUUUCAUUCAAUAUAUCUUGCUCACGCCAACCUACAUCAACGUCCUCAACAUCUAUGCUUUCUGCAAUACCCACGACAUCACAUGGGGUACCAAGGGAGAUGAUAAGGCCGAGAAGCUGCCCUCCGCGCACCUUAAGCCUGGCGGUAAGGUCGACGUCAACAUUCCACAAGACGAUGGCGAUCUGAACGCGCAGUAUGAGGCUGAGUGCGCCAAGUUCGCCAUGAAGGCUCCCAAAGAAGUCUCGACUAUUUCCGAGGAAGAAAAGCAAGCCGACUACUACAAGGGAUUCCGCAGUGCCGUUGUGCUCGCCUGGGUAUUCUGCAACUUUGCUCUUGGUGCCGUUGUGCUGAGCGCUGCCGGUUUGGGAAAUUUGAACGACACAUCAAAGACCAGUGCUGAGGAUGCGCAGACCGAACGCUCUAUGAUCUACAUGGAAGUUGUUCUAUGGAGUGUUGCUGGUCUGUCCAUGUUCAAGUUUAUAGGCGCAAUGUGGUAUCUGGUUGUUCGUAUGUUCCGUGGCGUUUGA